CUCGAGGCUCCGCCACCGCUAGCUCCGGCCCUUAUUAUUUUGCGGGUUCAGACGAAUUUCCUCCACCACCAGCUCUACAGUGUAUUUCUUUCCAACAUUCCGUGUUUUUAUUCACAAAACUUUCCUAAAAUACAAACUCUGACGCCUUCCGGGACGGGAAGGCGCUUUCCGCGAUGGAAAACCUCGCGGAGAACGACAUGCUUGUCGAUGAUUAUGACCAAUACCCUGCCGAAAAGACCGAUGUCGUCGUCGUUUCCCGGUCGGGAUCCGACGAGCCUGAGUCCGCACCGACCGCAGAUGACCCGUGGCAACUGAAUGAGAUCGCCCUCGAGAAAUACACUGCCUAUUUACUUGUUUAUACUGAAUGGUCGCUAAUCGAGAGCCCCGAUGCAUAUAGACGCGGCGAUGAUGGCAAAGGUCCUCCCCAGAACCCGGACCUCGAAACCCUAGACGAGGUCUACAACUCAUGGCACUUGUCAGAAUGGCGGAAAAUGGAUCGCAAGUCACACGGACCCAUCUUCCGAUGCGGUGGUUCCCCCUGGCGCAUCCUCUUUUUCCCCUAUGGCAAUCAAACCGAAUACGCCUCGUUUUACCUUGAACAUGCGUGGGAGGACGGACCUCCGGAGAACUGGUACGCUUGUGUGCAGUUCGGGCUGGUGUUGUCAAAUGUGAACGAUCCUUCUAUUUAUACACACCACGUUGCGACACACCGUUUCACCGCCGAGGAAGGGGACUGGGGUUUCACUCGAUUUGCCGACCUCAAAGGUCUGUUUAGCCAUGCGUGGGAAGGGAAAUCAGUUCCGUUGGUGCAGGAUGAUGAGGCAAUUAUCACGGCCUAUGUUCGUGUGGUGAAAGAUCCCACGGGAGUCUUGUGGCACAGUUUCCAAAAUUACGACUCCAAAAAAGAGACUGGAAUGGUGGGAUUGAGGAACCAAGGAGCUACAUGCUACUUGAACUCGCUUUUGCAGUCGCUUUAUUUCACAAACGCUUUCCGCAAGGCCGUGUACCAAAUACCGACUGACCAGGAAGCUACGCGUGAGAACAGCGCGUGGGCCCUCCAGAGACUAUUCUACAACCUGCAGACCAACGACGUUGCUGUUUCCACAACCGAGCUCACCGCAUCCUUUGGCUGGCAAUCCAGCCAGAUCUUUGAACAGCAAGAUGUACAGGAGCUCUCACGAAAGCUCAUGGAAAGAUUGGAGCACAAGAUGAAAGGUACAGUUGCAGAAAAAGUCCUGCCUGAUCUGUUCGUCGGAAAAACAAAAACGUAUAUUUCUUGCAUCAAUGUCGAUUACGAGUCUUCUCGCGUGGAAGACUUCUGGGAUAUUCAACUCAAUGUUCGAGGCAACAAGAGCUUAGAUGACAGCUUCAGGGAUUACAUUCAGCCAUACGGUCUGCAAGACGCUAAGAAGGGCGUCAUCUUCGAGAGCUUCCCUCCCGUUCUGCAUCUUCAUCUCAAACGUUUCGAGUACGACCUCAACCUCGACAUGAUGGCCAAGGUCAAUGAUUAUCACUCAUUCCCUAUGGAGUUCGAUGCGGCCCCUUAUCUUUCUGAGAGUGCCGACAAGUCGGAGUCCUGGAUUUACCAAUUGCACGGCGUUCUCGUCCACAGCGGUAACCUCGAUGCCGGGCAUUACUAUGCCUUCCUCAAGCCCACCAAGGAUGGACACUGGUACCGCUUUGAUGAUGACCGAGUCAACCGAGCUACUGACAAGGAAGUCCUGGACGAGAACUACGGAGACUCCCAGCAGCGCACGAACGGCACUGGAGGACGAUCCGCUAUGCGCACUAACAACGCCUACAUGUUGGUUUACAUCCGGAAGACGAGACAGGAUAAUGUAUUAUUACCGGUCGCAAAGGAUGACGUGCCCUCUCACAUUGAGAAGCGUAUGACUGAGGACCGGGCGGAGAUGCUGCGUCGGAAGAAAGAGAGAGAAGAAGCUCACCUUUACAUGAAUAUCGGCAUGCUUAACGAAGAUUCAUUCCGAAGCCACCACGGCUUCGAUCUGACUAGCAAUGACCUACCCGCGGAUGAUCCAGCCCUUCCCACGCAAUACAAGGUUCUUCGGGCAAAGAAGGUCGGUGAAUUUGCACAGGAAAUCGCCGAAGAACGAGGUCUCAAACCAGAAGCCAUUCGAUUCUGGGCCAUGGUCAACCGUCAGAACAAGACAACCCGACCCGAUCAGGUGAUCCGCGAUCAGGAAAUGACUCUUGAGGAGGCUUACAACAAAUGUGGCACUAAAGGCCAGCUGUUCCGCUUGUGGGUGGAAGUGGCACCGACCGGCGCAGACGGACAACCUACUCCGUGGCCCGAUAAUGACUCGAUUCUCGUUUUCCUCAAAAACUUCGACAUUGCCGCCCAGACCUUGACUGGUGUCUGCUCUGUCUACGUUCAGAAGACCCAGAAGGUGAGCGAGCUGGCCCCGACAAUUCUUUCCAAGAUGGAUUGGCCGGCCGGUACAGAGUUCAUGCUCUUUGAAGAGAUCAAACAUACCAUGAUCGACGUCAUGAAACCUAAGCAGACUUUCCAACAAUCUGAAAUUCAAGACGGCGACAUCAUUACUUUCCAGCGCGCAAUCAAAGAGUCCGAACUGCCAGCAUCGGCACUUUACACGGACGCUCGGCAAUUCUACGAUUAUCUUUUGAACCGCAUGGAAAUGACCUAUGACCAGUUCGCCAAGAAGGUUGGUGAGCAUCUCCAGGUGGAUGAGACUCAUCUUCGAUUCGCGCCCGUGAUGGCCAGUACUGGCAAGGCCAAGCCUUUCCUGAAGCGAAACGUCAAUCAGAACCUCUCACAAAUCCUUAACGGCCAAUAUGGUGCCUACGGGUACACCAUGCACCGGGCAGACGCAUUGUACUACGAGAUACUGGACAUGAGUUUGAGUGACUAUGAGAGUAAGAAGUGCUUUAAAGUCACAUGGCUGCCCGAUGGUAUCACCAAAGAGGAAAUUGUUGAGGUCUUGGUUUCCCGUAGCGGCACCGUGGCAGAUCUUCUGGCUGCGUUGCAGCAGAAGCUGGAACUUGGCGAAGAGCCGAUCCGGGUUGCCGAAACACACAGUGGGAAGGUCUAUAAAGAGCUCCGGGAAGACCAAAACGUGGCUGCCAUUAACGACUACGCCACACUCUACGCCGAAAAGAUCCCAUCCGAAGAAUUGAAUUUGGACACCGAGGAUCGCGUCAUUAGCGUGUUCAGCUUCGAUCGCGAGCCCAACAGGACUCACGGAAUUCCCUUCAAGUUCGUUGUGAAGCCCGGAGAACUUUUCGCCGAGACAAAGAAACGGCUGUCUGCCCGCACACAGAUCAAGGGCAAGAACUUCGAGAAGAUCAAGUUCGCUGUGGUCCCCCGGACAUCUUUCUCUAACGCCAAGUAUCUCGAAGAUGGCGAUAUCUUGUCAGAUGUAGCGGCUGGUGCCGACGACUUCCUGGGUCUUGAUCAUCCCAACAAGAGCCGGAGCUUCUGGGGCAAGAGUGAUGGAUUCUCCAUUCGUUAAACAAGGGUUAAAGUCAUGGCGCUUGGGGGUUACGAGUUGAAGGAGGGCUGUAUGCUGCAAUCCGGUACAUUAGCAGCGACGCCCUGAUGCGAUGAUCAUGCCUUUUUCUUAUUUUUGCGUAUUAUCUUAUGUAACCAGCUGAAGUAGAAGACAACCCC